AUGUCUCAGCGUUAUCUGACCGAUCCAAGUCUUUCCUCAGGCAAUCAUCCUACCCAUCCAUCAUCAAGCACAAGCCCAGCCAUGUUCCUCAAUGAACACGGCCCGCGGAGACCGACAGACCCGGCUGAAAUGAGACAACUCAUACUCGAUUACCUUUGUCACCAAUGUUUUGUCGAUACCGCUUCAGCAUUUGCCAGAGAAUCCGCCCCCAGCAGCAACAGACCUCGCCCAGAAACUGCCGAUGGACCUGCCCAUGCCCCAUCCAAGACGCCAUCAGCAGAUAAACCGAACCAAUCGACUCUGGCCGUGAAGGAUACUGUAGUUGAACGCACCGUAAGGUUCGAUACAGACGAUGAUGGUGACGCAGAGAUGGGUGAUUUGGUAGACACUUCCAGCUCACAUGGUCUCCUUCACUCCAAUCUCCCUGGGGUCUCUGGAAGCUCCGAGGAACAUUUGGCCAACGAGACUUCUAGCUUGCCCAGGGAUGAGAUGUCCGUCAAUGGAGAGAAUUCCUCGGCCAAUCGGUUGGCCGGCACCGAUCGCGGUGGAUAUUACCCAGAUUGGACUGCACAGGACGUACAAACAACCCGGAUACGAUUAGCCAUCAAAGAACACAUAGUCGGCGGGAGAAUCAAGGAGGCUAUCAAGCUUAUAGAAGCACAUUUUCCAGCCGUCCUAGGCCCUCCUCUUACUCCCAAGUCCUGCGGAACAUCUAUGCCUGGCAGCUCUUCCACUACCGCUCACAAUCCUUAUAGUUCUACCGCCCCCGAUCCUAGCACUUCCAGCGGUCAAACUCCUGGCACUUCGAACGGCCAAAUCCCGAACCAUGUCCUCGCCCAGCGCAAAGCUCGCAUCUCCUUCGCCAAUCGUCCGCUAAGGGGAGCGGUAUCCUCACGUAGUGGGUUGAAUUCAUCAAGUAUGAGCUCGAGCUCACCAAAUCGCUCACAAAACAACUCGCGACAGGGCUCUUCGAAGAUUGACUUGAACACGACAUCCGCUCCCAUCUCAUCAUCUGACAUGAUUCUCAGCCAAAGCCAUCUUUCUCACGGAUCGUUUGGGUCGUUGAAUCCAGCACACGUCGCCUUGAACUUACAGAUCCAAUUUUUUGUUGAAUUUGUCCGGUCGAUCUCGCAAAGCCAGCCGACCAACUCCAACGGAUUAGAGCAUGAUAGCGAGAAUCGCACUCGGGGUUCAUCAGCUGCUCCUGGUACUGAAAAUGGACACGCCAACGGGAAGAUGUCAGAACACGCAGUCCGAAAGCUCGGUGGAUCAUCACCUACUAGCCACUCCGGCGGACCAUCGAACGGGAUGGCCACCGAUCUUUCGAACUCCGUGGGCGCGUUGAGCGAUGACACUUCGACCACCUCAUCUAGCGUUUCGACUCGGACGACCUCGCUGGCAUUAUCCUUGCCGCAUUGUCGGGCUUUACAUGACUUUGUACAUCAGCUACCCGAACCGGUCGAGCGUGCUAUCUUUGCAAAGGAGUUGGAAAACGUCGCGGGUCUGUUGGCCUAUGUCGACCCGUGGGACUCGCCCGUCCGAAAGUAUCUCGAUCAAAGCCGGAGGGAUUUGUUGGCGCAUCGAGUCAAUGCAGCCAUCCUCGUCCAUCUGGGUAGAUCCCCCACUUCGAUCUUGCAACUGGUGGCCCAACAGACUUGUUUUACCUGGUCGAUGCUCACCGAACUAGAGGAGCAAAUCUCCUGUCCUACGCCAGAAGAGAAAUCCAGAACAAAGCCAAUCGAUUUUUUCAACUUCCAAGAGUUUGUUAAUCUGAACGAUUUCGGUGAUGGUCGUGGUAAUAGCAAUACUACCACUGGCUAA